GUCUAUAUUUUGUACACAACUGUGCCGACACCGAGGACAAGUCCGCCGGCCUCUCGUCGCUCAGCUAGUCGGUGUUUUUGAGUUUCAGCUCAGAGUCGCAAUAAAGUGACGUAGAGUUCACUUGAACCCGCUCGCGCUAGUCUCCUUACGAGCUUUAAAAGUCGGGUAACUGAGCUGAGCUUCCUCGGCCGUCUUGGUAAGUCAUGGUGACCGUGUUUUCCUUCCUGCCAGCCGCCCUCCCGCUCUCCUAGCCGGGGUGCAAAUACAUGGGGAACCGUAUCACGAGAAGAUGGAGGAGUUGACCGGAGACCGUCAUGGCUGCUGUGAAGGAGUGUCGUUACACCAGCGGCCGUUUCCUCGGAGGAUGGGCCCCGGUGCUGUGUGUCCUCGUCGGCUUUCUGAUGGCCGUCCUGAUGCCCCUGGUGGGGGAGGGCGGCCAGUGCUGCGCCGCCAUGAAGGGCUUCGCGCAGCUCCGCUGCCAGCUGCUGGGGGGCGACCAGCAGCCGCCCGCCGUGCAGUCCACCAGCCUCGCCGUCACGUUCACGGCCCUUGACGUGCUGCCUCUGAGGUCCAAGCCGAGCAAAGAGAUCGAGCUGGAGGCUAAAGCGGCGCUGCAGCUGGCGCUCGAGAUGAGGAAACUGGGCAAGAGGGAGAAGGCUCACAAGCUGCUGGUGCAUGCGCUCCGCAUGAAUCCAGACUUUGUGGAUGCCCUGACGGAGCUGGGCACCAUCCUGGAGGAGGAGAAGGAUGUGGUCCAGGCAGACCACCUGUACACCAAGGCCUUGGCCAUCUCGCCGUGUAACGAGAGAGCUCUGGUCAGCCGGGACCGGACUCUUCCCCUGGUGGAAGAGAUCGACCGGCGUCACUUCGGCAUCAUUGACAGUAAAGUCCGCCGGCUGAUGUCCAUCCCGAAAGGCAACUCCGCACUCCGCCGGGUGAUGGAGGAAACGUACUACCACCACAUCUACCACACGGUGGCCAUCGAGGGCAACACGCUCACCUUGUCCGAGAUCCGUCACAUCAUCGAGACGCGCUACGCGGUCGCCGGGAAGACGCUGCAGGAGCAGAACGAGGCCGUCGGUGUGGACGCGGCCAUGAAGUACAUCAACACCACGCUGCUGACCAGGCCCGGAGCCAUGACCGUCGGCGACAUCCUGGAGAUCCACCGGCGGGUGCUCGGGUACGUGGACCCUGUGGAGGCGGGGCGGCUGCGCACCAGCCAGGUGUUUGUGGGCCACCACGUCCCUCCGCACCCGCAGGAGCUGCAGAGGCACAUGCAGGAGCUGGUCCAGUGGCUGAACGCCGACGAGGCCCUGCAGAUGCACCCCGUGGAGUACGCGGCGCUCGCCCACUACAAGCUGGUCUACGUGCACCCGUUUGUGGACGGGAACGGGCGCACGGCGCGGCUGCUCAUGAACGUGGCGCUCAUGCAAGCGCGAUACCCACCGAUCACGAUUCGCAAAGAGCAACGGGCCGAGUAUUACGCGGCUCUGGACACGGCCAACGAGGGGGACGUCCGGCCGUUCAUUCGCUUCAUCGCCAGAUGUACGGAGAUGACUUUGGACACGCUGCUGAUUUCUACCGCGGAGCACGCUGUGGGGCUGCCGGGAGCCAGCCGGGCCCACGCCUGCCCCGACUGCAAACAGACGAUCCCGAUCCACAACUGACCUCGAGGCGGGAGGAUCUCAGCGCUCUUUAAGAUCAAUCGUGUUUUGAAUCGCCUCGUCCUUUGGCUCCGUCCCUUAUCGGCCUCGGCUUCGGUUGCUGAUUUGCUCAAUUCGUCGGGAUGCUCCAGGAUAGGGAAUUUAACAUUUUGUUCCCACUUUUAGUGUGUAACCAUAUCCCCACAGGAGUGGAAAUGGAUUUUCAUUACCAUCAUAAUACAAUCUGAAGUUCGACUGCUGGUGAAGAGGCAAGAUGGAUGUCUUGUGUCACGAUGGCGCUCGUGUGAUCAUGUGAUCACUCGGUUAGCGAUCGACCGUUGGGAUGAAAAUUAUGUCUAGUAAGUUUUUCAUGUGAUUAUAUAUUUAAAAUAAAAUGUUCUAUGAAACUG